UUACUUAACAGAAAUAAGAUGGCGUCCAUGGAUGACCGUCAGAAACAAGUCGAAGAUAAAAAGCAAGAACUUCUCCGUCGUAUUGCGGAGAAAAAGAAAAUCGAUAAAGGUAAACCACCACCCCUUCCACCCUCUAGCGAUGGGAAUACACCAACGGCUUCUCGGGCGGGUCCAAUGUUUCUGAACGAUGGCAAUUUCCUAGCUCGCUUUCAGGCCAUGCAACAACAAAGUACAUCCAGUCCUUCCACUUCAACCGCAACUAUCACAGGCCCAGAAACUCGUCCAACUGUGAGCAUGAAGCUAACAACAGUUAAAAAAUCUACGCCAGUUAAACCUGUUUCCGCCAGGCCCGAGGUAUUCGAGGAUCCGGAAGAAGUGGAAGAAAAUGGUAAUUUGAAUUUCAUUUCGAAGCUUUCGCUUCGUAGUUUCUGAGGUGAUCUCGAUAGCUGAGCGUUGCCAAACGAGCUAAUGUUUCAGUAUGGUGUAAUUUUGAUCUCGCUAAAUGCUAGAAAAUGUUCUGAUGAGCGGUAUAAUUAAGUUCCCCCACCAGAGGACAAGGAAAUGCUCGAUGUCAUUGAAGUUCUAGCCGCCAGAGUUGUGCGAGGAGGCGAUCAGGUGGAACGUAUCGCUAUACAGGACAACUCAAACAACCCAAAUUAUAGGUAGGUUUGUCAUAACUAAGGAAUAGAUUCCAUGCUACCAUGCAUCAGAAGUAGAUCAUGAAUGACACCAUACUGUGGUGAAAACAAAAGGCGCAGCUAGAUGUGUCACUGAUGUUCUUACCACGUUUUUAGGUCUUCUGUGAUCUAUUUCUGUAUAGACCUAUGACUACACAGAAUCCCUUUACUUUAUAUGAUAUAAAAGCAAGAUGUUGUUAAUGGUGAUGCACAUGUUGUGUAUGUCUUCAAGUAUUUCUCGAGUAAAAAGCAAUCAGAAUGUGUGCAUAAUUCAGCUUAUCAUAUUAUGUGUCAUAUCUCAUUCCUCAGAGUGCCAACAAGGUGGAUGUAAUCUUUAUUUACUCCCCUGUUUUAUUAUGAAUUUGAACCACAGGAUAAAGAGCUAUUUUGCAGUUGUAAUAAAUACUUGAGUGGCUCUGCAGUUUGUCAAUGAAAACACAAGCAAAAUGUUGUAAAAAAAAAGUUAUAAAUGAAAUAAAUGUUAAAUGAGAGGAAUCGAUUUUGGUUUUGUGCAUAAAGAAUGAGUAGGUACAAAUUGCAAUUGCUAACUGGCUUAGCAGUGGGACAUGGUGCAUACAAAAUGAGAAGGAGAUAAUUCUUAAGCCUAACAUUCCAAACUAAUUUUGGAAAAUAAAAAACUAAGCUCUCUAAACUAAGGUUUUUACAAGUGGAAAGUGUUUUUCUUAGUCAGGAUAAGUGCUUUAUAAUUGUUGGCUGAGAUCUUUGUAAGGUAGUGUAACAAUUCUGUUUUUUUAUAAGUGGAAUUGGGUUUUGUCAGUACUAAAAACCUGAAGUCUAGAAAAUGGAAACAAUGACAGAAAAAAUUCUUGGGAAAGUCUUUAAUUUUGUUUACAAAUAUGUGCAGGGAAUCUCACAUGAUGCUAAGAAAGGAGUGUGUUUUGAGGUGCUCAUAAUGGAGGUUGAAGUUCCCUGUGUGAUUUACAAGAAUAAAAAGGGCUAAUUGCAAAGGAGAAUCUAUCAAUUUGUCAACAUUCACAAGGGGUACCAUCAGUCAAAGAGUGGAUAUAAAUCUACUAAGCAUGACAAAAACUUAGAUAUGAAAUAAAUCAUUGUAAACUGAGAAAAUAAUUAUUACAAGAACUCUUCAAAAACUGCUUUUGUUUAUUUUCUUUUAUUUUUCCCUACAGCUUUUUGUUUGAUGUCAAUAGUCAAGGUCACAAAUACUACAAAAAUCUUGUUAGAUGUUUAAGAAGUGCAGGGCAAGGAGCCAGCAAAGGUGUAGACAGUGAGCAUAGUGCAAGCACUGGAAUGCAAAAGAGGAAAAGGAAAAGCAGGUGGGAUCCAAAUCCUCCAAAAUCAGCUGGCUCAUCAUCAUCUUCUAACAGUGAUGCAGCAGUUGCUGCUGCUUUGGCUGUGGCAGCAGAAAUUGAGCACAGCAUACCAAUGAGUAAUAAGGAGGAAGAAGAACGCCAGAAACAGAUUAAAGAACAGCAAGAGGUAAUAACUGAGGAAAGCUGUUAUGCUUUGAUAAAUGUGGAAAAAAUAAGUAUUCAUGAGAACACUGUUCUUUGUCCAUAAUUUUGUGUGUGAAAGAUAUGAAGAACCUUAAGUAGUAUGGAAAGCAACACAGGGGGAGAUGUUGAUUAAGAAAUGAAUGAAUAUUAUUAGUUAGGAUUUGGAAAAAAGCUGGCUGUGUUUAAUGAUGGCACCACAUCUUAACUGCAGCAUAAUGUUUGUGGGCAGUGUUGAGUUCCAUGCAAAUUUUGGUGAUGUUAUGAUGUUGUUUUGCAGAGGAUGACUAUGAAAUGUACAAAUUUUUAUACGCACAUGUUGAGCAGUUGUUUUGCCCACUAGAUCUUUUGUUUUGCCACAUCCUGGUUUCCAUUGCAAAUUUGGUGUGGUUAAGGUCUCCAAAAGCAUCUCUAAACAUGGAUUUCUCUUGUAAUUGCAUGGUUCAAAAUGUUUUCAUUGUGUUGCUUAUUUAGAACUACUGGACCAAAGAUACCAAUGAUUUUUUUUUUUGGUUGUAGAUUCAAGAGAUGUACAUGAGAAUAUUAGCUCAACGCACAGCUGGUCAGGCCAGUGCAGCAAUAAAGCAAGACGAAGACAAACCAAAGUAUGAGUAUGAUUCAGAUGAGGACAUAGAUGGCGGCACAUGGGAACAUAAAAGAAGAAAAAAGGAAAUGAGCAAAACAAUAGGUUGGGAAAACCUUUGUGUUACUUUUACCUUACACUUUUGAGAUCUGGAGUUUAUUUUUGUAACUGAGCUUCAUAUAAUGUUUUUUUUCUUUUUGGUUGGUUUUGAGAUUUUAGUUGAUGGUCUUUUAUUGAUUGAAAAUUUUUUUUUUUUUUAAUGACAGUCACUUCAUUUUAUGUUGCAGUGGCAACCAGUCUGUCAACUUCUAAAAGUAGCAUUGCUAUUGUUUACCAUUAAAAGUAACAGUUCAAUCAUUGUGCAAUUUGUUUAGCUGAGAUGAAAUCGUGAAUGACUCUUUGAAGGGAUCAGGGAUUAUGACAAGUGAAUUAUUACCUGUGUUUAAGAGGUUGUUAAUCUGCUGAAUUAAUGGUAUCAUACAGAAGAACAUUUCAGAAAUGUUUCACACAAUCUCUGUAGCUAUGUCAUGAUUGCAAGCAGUGAGCUAUGCUAGGAUGUUUUUAGUCAUUUUUGUGAUGCUAGUAAAAACAGCUGGAGGUUAAAGGGUUAAGCUGUAUACAAUGUGUGCCAAAUUUUAGUAUGGAAAACAUUUAGAUCUUGGGCAUGAAAGAGUCAACCCUUUCACUCCCAAGAUCUUAUUAGUAAUUCUCCUUACUAUCUGCCAUACAAUUCUUAUGAUGUUAGUUCAGAGAAUUUGGUAUUGGAUCAACUAAUGAUCCCAUAAUUGAUAUUCUUCUCUAUUCUCAUCACCUGCCUGCUUGAUAUUGUAUUGAUAUUGUAAGGAGAAAUUCUGUCUUGGUCACUUGUGGGAGUGAAAGGGUUAACAUAGAGUCAAACCUUGUAUAGAUAGAGUAAUAUGAAGCUUUCAUCAAAAUUUCCAUUUGCUUUAGAAAAAGCGAAAGAACUCACUGAGAAAGGAAAGGGCAAACAUCACCUUGGUGACUUCCUUCCUCCAGAAGAACUGAAAAAGUUUACAGCCAAAGUCAAAGCUGUGAAAGGGGAGUCGUCAUUGGACAGCUUUGAUUUCUCUGACUAUGCUGAGCAUAAGAUAACAGAGAGCAACAUUGGGUACAAAAUGCUGCAACAAGCUGGAUGGAAGGAAGGGAUGGGACUUGGAUCUCAAGGACAGGGGAUCACAGCACCUGUCAAUAGGUACAGUAUGGAACACUGCACUUAGUCUUUUCAUGUGUAUUGAUAUUUCAUAAGGAAAAAAAUUUCAGGCUUAGAAAGUCAACUGUUUUUGAGAAUCAUGUUGUUGUUGCUGCCCUGUUGGUGAUUUCUUGUCAGUAUUUUAAUCUGUGUAAUUAAUUUGGUAAAAGAAAAUGUAACAAUGUCAAUGUUGAUUAUAGGCAAUUUGGGGGUCAGGUGGUUAAUAACCUGUAACAGGCCUCAAGAGAUUCAUGUUUCACCCCUAGUCAAAUCACUUUGUUCUAGAGCAGAAAAUAUAACUCUCCUUUUAAAUAUUAAUAAUCAUGGAAAUAAAAGUAAGAACAUUUUGACUUACAUUUCCCAAUUAUCCAGUAUGUAAAAUUUUCAGUUGUCCGAUGCAAUGUUAAAAAUGAAACUUUAUCUACUGGAUAUUAAAGCUGAAAAUUAAAAAAAAAAAAAUUGACUAAGAAAUAUAGAAACAUAAAAGAUACACACAAAGAAUAAAAAAGGUUUUGUAAAUAAAGAAGUCUUCCAUCAUACUUUUAAUUUUCAUUUCACACUCCCUCCCUCCAAUUUAAUACCUGGAGCUGGCUAAGGAGUAAACUGUUGCAGAAAUUUCAACAAAUACUACACUGCAUGUUUGUGCCAUUGAAAGGAGGCAAAGAAACACUCCUCGUGGCUUCAAAGUAUUGAUAAUAGGGUAAACUGAAGCAGUGAAACCUCUAGGCUCACAUGGCUUUUAGGCUAUGUAGUCAUUAAUUACCUGUUUUAUAAUAGGGUAAUGUUUCUAUAUGUUAGCACAAGCUUCAAAAGGUUUGGUGAAGUCUGUGGGUUCAAUUUAAGAGGCUUAAAACAUAUUAACAUUUUGUCCAAAAAACACUACAUUAACUACAUUUAUCGGCUAAUAUGUACCUAUGUAUGUGUUUCACCAAUGGCAGGGGUCGUGCACCAGAGGAUAUUGGAGGUCUGGGUGAAGACAAGCCUGGCGAAAUAAACAGGGAUGACGACGAGUUUGACUUGUAUCGCAAGAGGAUGAUGUUAGCUUACAGAUUUAGACCCAAUCCCCUUGUAAGAAUUCUUCUAUUAUUUAAAAGUUUUAAUCAUUUGUUGUGUGCUUGGUAUUUGAUUUAUUAAAGUUGACUUAAACAAGAGUAUCAUUAUUUUUUAAUAAUUGAACAUUUCAAAAUUUCUCUGUUCUUUGAAUAUGUUUCAUUCAGCCCUUUCUUGUCAAAAUAAUUUCCUUUUAAGACAUAAGAAUAGCCAUGAUAUGUAUUUCAGAUUGCUCCCUGAACAGAUGUCAAAUAAUUCAUUUUGUUUUUUUUUUUUUUUUUCAGAAUAACCCUAGAAGACCCUACUAUUAGAUUAUGGAAAACCUUUAGUAUUUCACUUGAAAAAUAUGAUUGUACAUCAUUAGAUAAAUCAUUUUGAAUAAGUCUGUUGCAACAGUUGGUCAUGUGACCAAUAAUUGUUAAAAAUUCUGUUGUAAUUAUGAUAAUUCAAGAAACUUUAAGAGCAUGUUUCAUACAGGCAGAAUGCAGAUUUUUGGGAAAAUUCCACUGAAGAUGGUUAGUUUAAAAGACAAUCUGAGGUCUUCAGGUUUCAAUACUUUCAUCUUGAAGUGAGAAGUCUUUGCUCAGGGAAGCUUUGUAUUGUAAGGGACAGGAAAACAGGCCUGAUUUAUGUAUUUAUAAGAGGUAAAAAGAAGCAAUAAAUAAGGAAGAACAAACUUGUAAGCCAUAUGGGGAAAAAGUGUGUCUAAAUAGUAAAUGAUACCUUGCCUAAACAAAUCUUCCUUAUUUGUAAUGGCUAUGAUUGCAUACCAGUAACCAUGACGAGGAUAUUGGUCUGAAAAUCUACACAGUAGCACGCAUAUAGCCAUUACUUUAAUUUCUGGGAAAAUUAUGUGUUGAAACUUGCCAGAUCAUCAUGUUUAGGAAAAGGAGAUCAUGUAAUGAUUAUAUUGCAAAAAACCUCUUGUACUCAGCAAGUAAACAAUAAAUAGUCC